UUGAACUGAGCUCCUCUAUGAAGGUAGGCUGCAGCGUGUGUUUAUUGAUGAGAUGAAAAGAAGAUGGAAGUGAGAAAUGAAACAAAGUAAAGGAACAUAUCAGAAAAACUAAAACGCGCUUUGCCGGGGGGGUAUCCGUGGAAACGCUGUGGCCACUUUUUGAACGAGCUUCGAAGUGCAGGUCUGGUCAAAUCCUCAGCCCGUUUGGGUUGUUCAGCAGCACCGUGUAGAUCCUGGCCUUUUACACAGUAGACUCCAUGUUGGCCUUGCAGCACAUGAUUUGGACAGAGAAGACUGACAGCCUUGCGUAGCACCCAGGCCUCUGAUCAGUCAUCUCCAUCAGCAAACUGAAGCUUGACCUGCACUUCAUCACCAGCCUCACAAGCAUCUUCGUAACAAAACAUCAUCUAACUGUGACAUCAGUUGCAAGGGGAUGACCGAGCGCAUUCAUAACAUCAAUCUCCACAACUUCAGCAAUUCUGUACUUGAGACCCUCAAUGAGCAGCGCAACCGUGGGCACUUCUGUGACGUGACUGUUCGGAUCCAUGGAAGUAUGCUGCGAGCUCACCGGUGCGUGCUGGCUGCUGGAAGCCCCUUCUUUCAGGACAAGCUGCUCUUGGGCUACAGCGACAUUGAGAUCCCUUCUGUGGUCUCAGUGCAAUCCAUCCAGAAGCUGAUUGACUUUAUGUACAGUGGGAUCCUGCGAGUAUCUCAGUCAGAGGCUCUGCAGAUCCUCACUGCCGCCAGCAUCCUCCAGAUCAAGACCGUCAUCGAUGAGUGCACCCGUAUCGUGUCUCAGAAUGUGGGCCUGGCCGGGCCCGGGGGGUUUCCAGUUAUGCCAGGAGAUUCUGGUCAGGAGACGCCCCGUGGCACACCGGAGUCCGGCACCUCCGGCCCCAGCAGCGACGCAGAGUCAGGGUAUAUGCAAGCAACAUCACAGCCAAGUGUAGAUCGUGCAUACACGUCACUGUACUCCUACCCUGGUGUAUCUCUGCACAACGGCACCCGCGAGCGCCCCCUUUACAUCAACCCUCUGUCGGCAAACUACGAUCCAAACGCUCAGAAGGACCACCACCAAUCUCAAGAUCCGCCCUGGAUGAACCGCAUCCAGGAGAGAUCUCAGCAGGUCGACCGCUUCAUCUCCACAGCAGAGUCCACCCACUGCCGUAAGCAGCCCCGACCGGUACGCAUAGAAACAGGGGGGGUGCACAUCAAGCAGGAGGCCGAAGACGAGUACGGCUGCUACGACGACAUGGGGGACUGCCCAGACGACACUGACCACAACGAGGGGGUAGAGAAUGAAUCCAAGGUUGAAAGUUUUGACUCAGGGGUGAGUUCCUCCAUCAGUACAGAGCCAGACAGCAUGGAGCAGCAGCAGUACCAGACGACCUUUAGCCGGGACGGAGGCGGGGACGUGCAGCACGGCGAAGGAGCUCUAGUGCAGAUAGAGGUCGGCGACUCGUCUCCGGAGAUGGUGCAAAAGAUAGAGGAUGGGGACAUCUCCCACAGCACUAGUGACAGUAGCAUGAUGCACACCCUGCCAAACUCAAUCAAACUCAGCCCUAUGUCCCAGUACAUGCGCCAGGUAGAAUCACACACCAGCAAUCUGAGGAUGCCGAUCACCGUGACCAGCAAUCCCCAAGUGAUGGGCACCGCUGGAAACACCUUCCUGCCCACACUCUUCCCCACACAGCCGGCUCGAGAUCACAAGCCUUUCCUUUACCUUUCUGGCCAACAGCCAGCCCAGUUUGUGGCCGUGCCGCCCCCUGCAAUGGCAUCAUUCCCGAACCCCAUGUCGGUACAGCAGACAACAGGUCAGCAGCAACAGCCGGCAGGAGGGAUGGGGCAGGGAGAAAAGAAGCCCUAUGAAUGCACUCUCUGCAGUAAAACCUUUACUGCAAAGCAGAACUACGUCAAACACAUGUUUGUCCACACUGGUGAGAAGCCUCAUCAGUGCAGCAUCUGCUGGCGCUCGUUCUCCCUGAAGGAUUACCUAAUUAAACAUAUGGUGACACACACAGGGGUGCGGGCCUACCAGUGCAGCAUUUGCAACAAGCGCUUCACCCAGAAGAGCUCUCUCAACGUCCACAUGCGGCUGCACCGUGGAGAGAAGUCCUACGAGUGCUACAUCUGCAAGAAGAAAUUCUCACACAAGACCCUGCUGGAGAGGCAUAUGGCCCUGCACAGCACAGCCAGCGCCAUCACGGGGCUGUCGGGCAGCGUGGGCACCCCGGGCCCGGUCUCCAUUCCCAUGCCUAUAGCUGUCCCUGAGCCCGGAGCUGGAGUGGUGGCCCUGGCCAUGCCGGCGGGCGGAGGUGCUGGAGUAGGGGCCGGGGUUGGGACAGGAGUGGGUGUAGCUGCAGAAGCCAGCUGCCAAGAAGGGACCACCUACGUGUGCUCCGUCUGCCCUGCCAAGUUCGACCAAAUGGAGCACUUCAAUGACCACAUGCGAAUGCAUGUCUCCGAUGGAUAAGUACAAAAAAAAAAAAACUUCUUUCAAAAAGAACGACAAAUAAAAUGGCACUAGAUUUUCCUUUUCUUAUUUUGAGGUAUGAAGAGUAAUGAGUAUAGACACUGGCACAUUAAGUUUCCCAAAAAAAAAGUUUUUUUUUUUUUUUUGUUCUGUUAUUCUAAAAGAAAAAAAAAAGAUGGUGGCCUUAAGGCUUAGUAGUUUGACAUUGAUCUACUGGAUGGAUCCAAACUACAGGCCUCUAAAUGUAUGCUUUCCUAAAAUACAGAUUUAUGUGUUGAACACUACCGAAAGGCCUACGAAAGAAACACAUACACACAAACACACCUUUAGUGUAGAAAUGUCUGAAUGACUAUAAAUGAGCAAAUAUGUUGGAGCAUUUGUGUAUUUGCAUAUGUCUGUCUGUUUGUCCAAACAUAUGUGUUUGUGAGUGUGUGUGUGUUUGUGUGUGUACAUGCCAUGAAACAUACAGCAUGGCAGUUGUGAACCCAUACUGACCAGUUUGGAAACUAUAGAUGUCCAAGCUUACUGUGGUAUCAUUUACAACUACAAUAAUACAACAAAAAAUAAUAAUAAUAAUAAUAAUCCGGGGUUGGGCUACAUAUUCCCUCUAAAAAAAACAAAAACUGAUGGUCACAAGUUUGCCUUCUUAUAUUAAAAAAAAAAAAAGGAGAGUAGUUAAUUUGACACUGGGUUUUAUUUAUUCCAAUGGUAUUAAGGGAUUAUAAAGCAGCUGUUAUCAAGGUACCAAUUUCGAUCAUUUUACUGAAAUGUAACUUCCUAUCAGAGGUGAUGGGGACAAAUAUUUCUAUUAUGUUUUAUGAUUAUUGUCCAUGAAUUUUAAUGGUCAAGAAAACGUUUACUAAAUUUUCUUGUUUAAAUGAGACAGUAUUUGAGAAUUUUUUUUUUUUUUUUUUUUUUUUUUUUUUUUUUUCAUGAAGAACUCUCGACUUAUUUCAGCUUAUUCGCAUACACUGCCACUUGAUAUCUUAAAAGACUGUUAAGGCUAGUAGACCUCUUCCAUUGCAAAUUAUAAGGAAAAGAAAGACAAAUUCUCCUGCCAAUUUUCUUAAGCCUUUUACAUUCACAGUUAUAACAUCGUGAAAUAUGCGACUAAACUCUCUCCUUCAUAAUUGCUGCUCCCCAACUAACUAGCACCUGACUGUUAUCGGUAAUAGAUUAGAAAAGAAAAGAUUUGUCACUUCAACUUUUGUUGUUGUUGAGUAGCCUGAGUGCUUUAAAUUACAGAACUAAUUUAGGAUUUCCGGCGGGAGCGGGGGGGGCUAGUUGUUGAUUGGAACAGCAGAUGGGAUCAUUUCAUUUGAAUCAAACUUAAAAUAAUUACCAUCCUGAGACCACCCGUAUAGCCUUUUCAUUACAACUGCUAAGCCAUCUCAGCACACGGGAGCAAAGUGCAUUCCCCGUGUGCUUCUUCUCACUGAAAGCUCAAAUGGCCUGCAACGUUUUGAAAGGAAAUACAGUCUGAAAGCAAAACAAGUAGCUCCAUCGAUCAACAUCACGCUGUUUUAUGAUAUACCACAAGUUGCUUCUGGACGCUGAAGACAACAGCAUUACAUUCCUGAUUUUUCUCAAACCUAGACACAACAUGUUCAAUGUAGAUUUGGAGGCUUGUGUGCAAGUUGUCAUCCAUGCAUCACUUCACAUAUGGCUGAUUUAUGAUAUUUCAAUUUUUUUCAUGUUGUAUUUUUUUCUUUCAUUCAAAAUAGGUCACACACACACACACACACACACACACACACACACACACACACACACACACACACACACACACACACACACACACACACACACACACACACACUCAUGCAACCGCCUGCAACUACAAACUGAAGAAUUUGCUCCUUUAAGUGAGCAAAACAGUUUCGUAGUUGUACAAUUUAGAGAAUAACUAACUGCUUGCAGGGGUCUUCAAAUGACCCCCCGAAAAAAAAAAAGAAGUGCUACUUUGCACAUUUUCUUAAAAUGCCUGUGCUUAAUAUUUAAUCAUUUUCCUUAAAUAAACUUUCUUUUAUUCAAUUUUAAAGGAAUUACAAACAUUUUGUUUUUAAAUCUUGAUAAGUGGACUGCAUUAUUUUCUUGCAUAUAUGUUGCACUGCUUAAACCAAUAAGUGCACUACUGUUAACAGAGAUAUUAUAGUUUUAGAAAAGAGGAUUUAAAAAAAAAAAUCCAACAUUUGGUUGUAGAACUCACAUGUAAUAGAAUAGAUUUAUUUCAACUUCUUCAUUAAGUAAUUCAGCAGUUCUUGGCUUUCAUUAUUGCUGGUUGUUACCUACAGUAUAUUCUUGUGUCAUCCUAAUGCAAGCAUUUACUUUUAUUUAAACCAUUAUGCAUGCUCAUCUAUUUUUUAACCUUUGAAUUCUUCUAUAAAAUCAGUUCCCUAUAAGAGUUUAUUUGAUUGCAUUUCUUUAAAAAACAUUGCAGACUUUUCCUAUGACAGAAAUCCAAGCCAAACAACAUAAACAGUGAAACAACAACAGUAAUAUUAAACAAACUCUCAUCCAGUUCUGUUGGCGGAGAUAAUAAUAAUGAUAAUUAUAAUAAUAAUAAUUAUAAUAAUAAUUAUAAUAAUUAUAAUACCUAUUAUCGUAUUAUCAAUAAACUUAUAACGUGUGUGUGUAUGUGUGUUACAUAGGUGAUAUGUAAUUCCUCGGAUGACUUUCUGUGGGUUUUAAAGGUGCAGGAGAGGUGAAGGAAUGCAGCUUCUGUGAUAUCUGUCCGUCACUUGUACACAGUCGUGUCUCUUCCUCAGUGUUCGUAUGUCUGCGACUGUUUGUGUGUCGUAAUUAGCCUAAUCAAAUUGUUAAUAAGUGGAAUAUCGCAACUGUAGGGCUUCCUUUGCAAUAUGCAGUGCAGGUACUAUGUGAAGCAGCUCUCCCAACCUUUUUUGGGCAAGUAAGGCACCCGUAACAUUGGUUCUGAGAUGGGACUAAAGCUUAGGUCAAGUACUGUCAGCUUCGUUGUACUACAGUAGUUUGGAGAUGUUAAGUCAAGCGCUUUGAUGCUAAAUUUCAUAUAUACUAGAUUUCAGAGUCACGUGAAGCCAGUUUCACACGAGCCCUGCAGAGAUUCUGUACUCUACUCCCUUUAGCUCAACAAAUAAGACAAGAAAAACAGGAAAUACUCCAAAAGCAUCAGGUUGGUCCUCGGUAAAAGUUAUUAUUGAACAUUUGAUCGGGCCUGUCUCUAUGGUGUGCAUAUAAGCCUAAACUGUACGGUUCCCAUUUGUAGCUGUUGUUGCCAGGAAGGCAAUAUUGCUGCAUGUUAAUGCUAUAUUUGUCUCUACACAGCACAUGGAGGGUAAUCUCAUGCCUUAACAGACAAUGCACUAAACAGAAUAUGUAAGCAACUGCCGAGAUCUUUUUUCCAACAGUAUUGCCACAUAUAUGGCACACAGCUCAUGACGUUGGUGUUUGUUGUCCGUUCAGGUUAAAACACUGCCAAACUAACAUCAGCACUUCUUCAAUAGCAAAGGCAGAGACAUCGAUUUUAAUUGUUUCAGUGUGUUAAGUCUAUUCAGUAACCUAGCAUUCCUUCAUGGCACCUAAAUUUUAGAUAUUUUUGUGUAAACACAUAUAUAAAAUGCACUAUUGACUGUAGCUAGAAGAGUACAACCCGCUUUGUGGUAUCAUUGGUCUAUAAAUAGUAGGUUAAGUAGCUCGAUGUUGUUUUUUUUUGGAAUUAUUUGAUUUCACAAUUACUCAAUUGUUUCUCUAUCACUUUUAUUGGAAUAACAAAAGUAGCCAAUCUUAAUCGGGGUGAGGGCGGAUGACUCGCCCCGUCAUCAGUUGACUUGUGUAUCAUAGGGUGUUUGAUAGCAGACCAGGCUUGGAAGGGGAAGAACCUUUGCUCCAGUGUGUCAUAACCCGUCCCCGCGCCCUGUCGCCCCGCGCCCUGUCGCCCUGUCGCCCUGUCGCCCCGCGCCCUGUCGCCCUGUCGCCCCGUCGCCCCGCGCCCUGUCGCCCUGUCGCCCCGCGCCCUGUCGCCCUGUCGCCCCGCGCCCUGUCGCCCUGUCGCCCUGUCGCCCUGUCGCCUCACCCUCACGUUCUCGUCACUGUUCAUAGUUAUAUACUCCUUAUAUUGCUUCGGCUACUUGUGGUGGUGCUUAACUCUCUUCUCUCAGUGUUGCAGAAAGUCGAUUUUAAAAGUUGUCGCAACAUAAUCCAGAAGAUUAGUCUUUAUCUCAGUUGUGCUUCAUGGAGUUGUAGGUCUAGACUUUAUGUUUGCAAAAGUGUGCGCAUAUUUUCCAGAACAAAACAUGUUGAAAUGUAGAUGAUAGCCUUGAUCCUUCCGCUGUUUGUGUUGUGUUUUCAAAUAUAGUCCUGUUUUCUGUUUUGUUGAUCCUAGAGUAGAGACACAGGGUCUAUAGUACAUUGCUGUUCUUCUCGCAGUCAGUUUUAUUCACUGUUGAGCUCUCAUUUCAGAAAUCCUCCUGCUUUUCUCUGGUGACCCUAUUGAUGUUCAUCAUAGCUUCACGCUGCUGGACAAAGGAUAGUUAGUUCUUUUUCACUGUGUGCUUUACAUGCAUACGGGCUUUGUGCUGAGAUGAAAACAAGGAAAUGGAAGAGAAUUAUUGGUAAGAGUCGUUUUGAGCGAGACACAGGGUCGUUAUUUUCCUGAUAAGCAUGUGUCUGUCUUUCUAUUUGUCUUUCAGUCUGUCUCCAGACAUUUUUAGCCAGUUUUUCUUUUCAUUUAGGCAAAGUCACAAAGUUAAAAGUAGAAUGCAGAAGACACCAGUCAGAUAGCACUUAAAUGCAUUUUUUUGUCCUUCAACAAUACACAUAAAAGUGAAAUAGAUAACUUCUUACAAAUAUUCUAUAUAUAUUUUAAAUAUAAUCAUCUCCACACAGAUAAAGAAUACAUUUUCAGAUAGUUUGAUAAACUCUUAACUGCAGCUAGAGUAUACAAUACCUUGUAGGAUAUAGGGAAAUGCCUAUCAAGUGCCUAUCAGUACAUACAGCUACAAUACAGAAUAUUCAUAGUUUUUCUCUCCUACGUCGCACAAACUUGGUAUAUACACAAUGGACUAUAAAAAAUACUAUUUAUAUUAUUACUGCUAAAACCUGGUGGUUGUGAGUACAGCAUAAGAGAACCCUUUAAAAUACAUUAAAUGUUUUAUUAUACAGUAAAGGCUAAAUCUACAAGCUUUAUUUAUUUAUCUUAUUUUGUGUCUCAUUUAUACCAUCUGGAGGAUUCAAAGAUUCAAAAAUGUGAUCGCGGCCUCGCAUGAAUUAAAUAUGCAAAUGCAUUUAGUAGUUUUAGAUGUGAACUGAAAAUCAGAUAUCAAAUGUUUUUAUUCUUUUGACGUUGCUCUCUCUCUUUCAUUGAUCAGUUUUUUGCCAUUUUGCCAUCAAGCCAUAUGCUGGACUGUGCUGUGUUGGGGGGGAGAGGGCAGUGGCGGCGCGUGAGCAGCAGGGGGAGCCACACAGGAGAUGACAGAGGUGACGUUUACACACCUGCCUUUAGUCGGGGAACCAAAAGCCCAAUGAAAUCCUUGGAUAUUCCAUAGUCUCACUGUUGGCAGAUCUUCCCAUUCUACAGAUCAUAAGAUCCUGCAUGAGCACGGCAGGCUUUGUCUCCGCUUCCUUUUCACUGAGGGAGAUGGUUUGCAGUCUGUAGGAGCUGGAACCUGCUCUUAGGGACGGGGGGGUUGCAGAGAAGAGUGUGUGCGCUUUGAUGCUCCCCAGGCCAAUGCCCAGUUUCCCCACAAUGAUUAAUUCAGUUUCAUCUUAUUUAACGACCUUAUUAUCUAUAUCAGCAAAGAUGUAAAGGGAAAACUAGGAACGAUGUGGACAAAAACGAAAAAGACGAAGAAGAAAUCAUAUAUUAAACAAAUGCUGGCGUGGAAUAUUUUAUUUUUGUCUCCACAACUUGGAGACAGAAUGCGACUGCAAACUGAAAUCUUUGGCUGCGGAUAGACACAGCUUUGUGUUCGCUUCGGUCCUUAAGUGUUUGGACGAACAACAUGGAAAUAAAACUGGUUGAGUAAAAAACAAAAAGCAAAAAAAACACAUAAAUCAAGUUUUAGGAAUGAGUGGCUGUGGGAUAAAAGGUUUGGGGAUGGCUUAUUAUUCCGUCCCCUGUGGACUAAUUACCACAGUUUUCUCUCUAACCUUCUCCCGCUUAGUAGCUGUGCCAGUUUUGGGGAGGGGUGCACUUUUAAUUAUACCUCUAUUGUUGCAUUAGAAGUGGAAAAACAGAAAAGCAAAAAAUUAUAGUUCUUUUUAUGUAAAAAAGUUUCUGUAAAGCAACUCACGCAGCAAAACCAAAAAAGCAAGUGAUUGCCUUCGUUUUGAGUCUUUAAAUCCUCCACAAAGCAUAGUUUUCAAGUAAAUAGGAGAAAACAGCUAUGAUUAAUACAUACUUAGCGUCACAGACAUUUAAUGUUAAAAUAAUAAAAAUGUAAUAUAGGCAGUGAGUAUAGCUAGUCCCUGUCAUCCAAAACAUCACUCUAACAUACAAAGCAUCAGUUUAGAUUUCACUAAUAUACAGAUUCUGUUUUGAUUUUUGAGCUUUACAAACACAGUGUAACAGCAGAUUUUAAAGAUCAAAACAGUUAUACUAAGCUAUUAAAACAUCUAUAAUAUUAUAUUCACAAUUAUGCUUUUUUUUCUGGAAACAUGCAGUUAUUACACUACCCCUGAUGAGAUUUUCACUGAGACACCAUCGUCAGGUUCCCAGCGUGGAUCAGUCCAGUUGAAGCAUGCAGUCCUGCCGGCUCUGGCCCAGAGGAGGCUUGUGUUUUCCACAGAGCACAAACUGUAUUUUCAAAUGUCCCUCAGUAACAUUUUCUUUUUCUUUAUCGCUGCGAUGAGGGGACCCGGGUGUGUUUUAGCCCUCUGAGGACUAAACACUGAACCUCUUUGUGCUCUCCGUCACUGCAAUCUUUUUGGCUUUGUUCAGCUUGAUGAGACAAUUAAGUUUUAAAGUGUGCAGCAGCGUAACUAAAAACUUGCAUUCCUGUUUAAGUCCAGCACAUUCCAGCUCUUAGUCUGGCAUUUGUUUUCCACACUUCACAGGUCUAACUAACAUCACACAAAAUGUCCACCGAUUAAUCAUUUUUUUAAAUAUAGUAGUACAUUUCCUUGUUUGACUUAGAUUAAGCAGAAUUAAUCUCCCAAAGAAAAAUUUUAAAACUUUUUUUUUUUAAUCUCAUCUUGCUGAUCAUUCAAAAUUUUGUCAUGAGAUCACACAACUCCUAAGCUUUGAGUGCAGCUCAUGCUUGUGUGGACUAGUUUCAUAGAGAACACGUUAUCACUCUGACUCUCUACAUGUAAGUCAUUCUUCUAUCAAGCAGCGACAUUAAUAAAAUAACAUUAAAAAAGAUGCAUAAAUUGCAAAAAAAAGAGAAGUCAAGGUUUUUUUUUUGUCACCACAAUCCUGGCCACUGUCUCAGCAAAAGCGCUCUCUGCCGUCACGGCGGGCUUUGACUAAAGGGGCCAUGCUAAUCACUGUACUUGACAAUGUUUGCUCUGCCAACCAAAGAAGGGUUAGGAUAAUAUACGUUUUUUGUUUUUUUUUUUGUUGGAGAAAUUAACUUAAAACGUGCUUGUGGUUCCUGCGAUCAGGCUUGAUUGCUGUUACUUUUUUUUUUAUUUUCUUGGCAGGAUGGUUGUGAAAAUGCGUGUAAGUUUUGUCAGUUCAUCGGUCCCUUAUAGUUUUGUGGUUGUGUUAAUUUGUCUAUUGUAGACCAAAAUAGAUUUUUUUUAAUUUUAUAAAAAAAAGAAAGAAAAUGCAACAAAACAUAAAGUGAGUCCGACACAGUAGCUGUGAUGUAAACUAUGGCAUGUUAAAACAUGUAUCAGAUUGUAAAUGUUGCAUUGUUCCUCUGGCAAAAACAUAAUAAUCAGUAAUCAUCAGUAUGUCUUCUACACACACUCUCAUACACACAUACACACAUUUAGCAAAUCAAUGUACACCUAUUUCACGUUAAAUCUAAAUAGUUUUUCUUUUUUGACAUCAUUUUUUUUUAAAUAUUGACACUGUCUAAUAUUUUAAAGCUAGCCCUAAAAUACUAAUCUGACGUUGUGACUUAGACCAUUUAUACUUGAGAUGGACCAAGAUGUUAAGUUUUGCACAUAUUUGUAAGUUGUUUAUUUAAGCCAAAAAAAGGAAAAGAGAAUAAUAAUACACGCCUUUCAGUCUUGACUGCUUAAAAAAUAAAAUUUUGCUGAAUUUCCAAACUAAAGAAAGCAACAGAGCCAGCCAUCACUACAUAAUAGACAUACGAUAAAAAAAAAAAAAAAAAUAACUGUAAGAUGGGGUUUAUCCAUCACCACGUGCUCCAGAUAUGUGAUUAGUUACCAUUUAUCAGUGUGAUUUUUUGCAAUAACACAUGGUCUCUGAGAAAACUGUAAAGCAUUUGGUAAAUUUUAUUAAUAGGUAUAAAUCUAGCUGAAUCUGCUGUAUACGUUUCAUCCUGUGGUUUUAAAAUUGGAAAUUACAUUUCUGUAAUUCAGGCGAUGUUUUGUACCCGGGCCGAGGAUUUUGAUAUUGUCAAACAAAAUGUUCAUAUACCCAAAUAAAAAAAAAGCAGCUUAGUGUUUUUUUUUUCUUUCUUCAUCUGGCUUUCAGGCUUUUCGCAGCCAUAUCUCAUAUUUAGAGGCUUUUGUAAACAUGCACUUGAGUUGAACGAUGAAAUGUGCUUAUAAAUAUGUGUAUAUUUUGUCAGACAUUUUUUUUAAAC